UAAUGUUACAGCAGAAAUGUUAUAGUUAAGACUGAGACAGCAGUUAAUAAAAUUUAAUUGCUGCUUUAAGUGGUGCAGUUGAUGCUUCAUUAAAUUGUGUGAAGAUCUCUUUCCCCUCCUUUUGUGCUGGGAUUUAAAAGAACUCUCCUUGUCAAGGCCAUGUCAUGGGUAGUUAGAUUUUAGUAGUUGCAGCCAGAGUCCGCAGUCAAGCAACAGCAGUUAGGAGUCCGCUGAAUCAGGAUACCAGGAGAUCAGAAGACAAACAAGAAAUUGGAACCAGAGUUAAGCCCAGAUCAGGGUACCAGGAGGCCAGAGCCAGGAAACAAACUGGAGGUCCAGAACCACAAGUCAGAUGCCAGGAUUCAAGCCGGGUGAUGGUCAUUGGUACAGAGCUAUCGUUCUGGGAGUUUCUCAGUCAGAGGUGAAGGUAGCGUAUGCAGACUAUGGAGGCACCGAAACUCUACCAUUCUCUAGAGUGCUGCCGAUCACUGCACGUUACUUGAAGCUCCCUUUUCAGAUAAUUAAGUGUUCGCUUGCAGGAAUCAUGGAAUGGUCUCCAUUAGUAAUAGAUUUGCUAAAAACAUUAAUAUUGAAUAAGUGUAUCAUGAUCACAGUGAAAGGGAUCAAUGAGAAUAUUCACGCAGUAUCUGUGGAGAAAUGUUUUCAAAACAGUAGUCUAAGUAUAGUCGACAAAUUUGUAAUGGAAGGUUUAGCCAAAUAUAGCAACGCUGGAAAUCAAAGUAUGCUACACCAAGCCCAUGUAAAGGAGGCUAGUUGCUGUUGCACAGAAUUAAAAAAGCAA